CUCUUCACUAUCUGGCAACACUGAUUCGUUGUUGUUUCUCCCCAUCUUCGCACCGCGAUAGUUACUAAUAGAAAAAUAGAAAUAUACGUAAAAUGUCUGUCUAACGUUAAAGAGCAGCGACCGCCGAGGAUCGUGGAAAUGUGCAUGGAAAGCGGUUCGCAGGACUAAUGCAAAGCCCGUGAAAAUGUAGCAGACCCCUUUUAUCGCCAAUACGAAUAUCGGUGCAAAGGAAAAAACAAAAACCAAGGAAAAUACAGCCAAACGCGAAUGUGAAUGUGAAGGCGAAGUAAGCGAAAAGUCCCCCAACUUUUUUGGGGAGUAUCGAGUGCACUAUAUUAAAGCGGUGCAGCCGACAAACAAUCCCCGAUAAACCCAGCGCAGGUCGACUGAUAAGCGAAGAGGAGAGCGAAGCGUGAUAUCUGGAUCUAUAUCUGAGAUAUAGAAGCCGCAUCCGGAGGAUCCGGAGCGAGCAUGUCGCACGGUGGAGCCGGUGGCGGUCUGGGAGCACAAACAGUGGGUGCCGGCCAACUGGGAGGCGGGGCAGCGGCAGCGGGCGCCGGCGGAGAGUACCGCGAACUUCACUGGACCGUCUCGAGUGUAAUGGACUCGUCGCGGGUCUCCACCUGCCUUAUAUCGAUGCUGCUGAUCGUCUACGGCAGCUUCCGGUCGUUGAACAUCGAACAGGAGGCCCGCGAGCGGGAGCAAAAGAAGCGAAAUGAGUCCAUGACGAACCUCCUCACCGGCGAGCCCGUCGAGAAGGAACCAAAUCUGUAUUUUACAGCGGAUAAAUUCGCCACCCUGGACACCAUGCAUGCCCUAUGUUUGCCACUUGGAGCUUCCAUCUCACUGCUCAUCAUGUUCUUCUUUUUCGACUCCAUGCAGUUGCUCUUCGCCGUCUGCACAGCAAUUAUAGCCACCGUGGCGUUGGCCUUUCUGCUGCUGCCCAUGUGCCAGUAUAUAAUUCGGCCGUGCACGGAUGGAAAGCGAUUCUCCUUCGGAAUCUGUGGUCGCUUCACUGCGGCGGAGCUGUUCAGCUUUACGCUUUCAGUGUCGAUUGUGUGCAUCUGGGUGCUUACUGGACACUGGCUGCUGAUGGAUGCAAUGGGAAUGGGCCUGUGUGUGGCGUUCAUUGCGUUUGUGCGUCUGCCCAGCUUGAAGGUGUCUACGCUGCUGUUGACCGGCCUGCUCAUCUACGACGUCUUCUGGGUUUUCCUUUCCUCGUACAUCUUCAGCACCAAUGUGAUGGUCAAGGUGGCCACGCGACCCGCCGAUAAUCCCGUGGGCAUCGUGGCCCGCAAGUUGCAUCUGGGCGGCAUUGUGCGGGAUACUCCGAAGCUAAAUCUGCCCGGAAAACUCGUUUUCCCCAGCCUCCACAACACGGGACACUUUUCCAUGUUGGGAUUGGGGGACGUGGUGAUGCCAGGACUGCUGCUGUGCUUCGUCCUGCGAUACGAUGCGUACAAAAAGGCGCAGGGCGUCACCUCGGAUCCCACAUUGUCGCCGCCCAGGGGAGUCGGCUCCCGGCUGACAUACUUUCAUUGUUCCUUACUGGGUUAUUUCUUGGGUCUGCUAACGGCGACGGUUAGCUCCGAGGUCUUCAAGGCGGCCCAGCCGGCGCUGCUUUAUCUGGUGCCCUUUACGUUAUUGCCCCUCUUGCUGAUGGCCUAUCUGAAGGGCGACCUAAGGCGCAUGUGGAGCGAGCCGUUUAUCGCGCAACAACCAUCAAAACAACUGGAAGUCUGAGUGUACUCUAUCUAAAAGCAAAGAAAAACAAACAACGUGAAAACACACACACACACACAUAAGAUCUAAUACUAACGUUUGUCUCUUAAAUAACGUAUUGAGUAUGUAUUUUUUAACUCAACUUAACUAAGUUUCGUUUUAAGUUAGGUGAUCCUCGUUUUCAUAGUGAAAUAAAAACAAAAACCGAGUAAUUAUAGUUUCUAGCCUAAGUGGAAAGGUUUUAUAUAUUCACAUAUAUAUACGACAUAUGAGAGUUCAUUCUAAUUGGCUUUAAAGUCUCCAAUCAUGCAGAUAAUUAGUGAGUAGUGCAAAGAUCAAGCGAAACAUUAGUUACAGUUCAUAGGCAUUACUAAUACCUUUAUAAACAAUAGCUAAAGACUAGAAGAGACCGUUUGAGAUUCGAAUUUCAACUUCACAUCCACUCGAAAUCUGUUCCGGGCAGUAUGUUCUGUAAAUACUUAAGUUAGCGUAUGCAUAACUAUGAAUAUGUACGUAUGUGUAUUGAUAACAAACCACCAUGCAACAAAUAAUAGUUAGUAAGCUCGCCUUCAUACACAUUUAUUCACGAAUCGUUUCCUUUUCACACGCCCAUUUCCGUCCUUCGAUUUUCCCCCAAUUUUCCUCACACUUUCACCACCAUACUGAUGUUUUGCCAAAAUGCAUGUGUUCGUUGCAAACAAUAAAUCAAUAAACACAAAUUAUAGACAACAACUGUUGCACUGCGUGUUUCACAAAUUAAGUUUCAUGAAUUUUAAUUAUUUACUAAUAACGCAGAUAACAAUAAAUAAUUACUGUAUGCAUAUGGAAACGAUAGUUACAUAAUAAUUUUAAGUAAAUGCAAUUUCGAAACGUAUAGAAACAAUAAAAAUGUGAGAUUUAAACAAA